AUGAAGUUCUUGACAAUCAGCAGCACUCUCAUCGCCCUUGUUGCGGCAGCCCCAACAAGCGUCGUUCUUCAGGAGGACAGUCCGCUUCUCAAGACGCGACAAAGUAGCACCACCAGGAAUGAACUUGAGAGCGGUAGUAGCUCAAGCUGCCCGGAUGGAAUCCUAAUUUUCGCGCGGGGAUCAACAGAGCCCGGCAACAUGGUAACUAAUCUCGUCUUCCAGCUCAUGUGUGUCUGUGUACUGACUGUGAACAAAAUCAAGGGAGAUGGAAUUGGCCCUUUACUUGCCACCAACGUUGCUAAACAGGCCCCCAGCCUGUGGGUUCAAGGCGUUGGAGGAGCUUAUACCGCCGGGCUUAUUGAAAAUUUGUUGCCGAGGGGCACGAGCGCGGCUGCAAUUGCUGAAGGGGUCCGACUCUUUAACUUGGCAAACACCAAAUGUCCCAACUCUGCCAUUGUAACUGGUGGCUACAGCCAAGGCGCCGCUCUUAUUGCUGCGGCCGUGAGCGAUCUGAGCGCCACGGUGCGAGAGCAAGUAAAAGGCGCCGUUCUGUUUGGCUACACCAAAAACAAGCAGAAUAAUGGCCGAAUCCCGAACUACCCUGCAGAUAGAACUGCGAUCUACUGCGCCGAGGGAGACCUUGUGUGCGAAGGCACUCUAACAAUCGCCCCCCCUCACUUUUCAUAUGAUGAUGAGGCGGAGGGGGUUGCCGCUGAUUUCUUGGCGAGUAAAAUAUAG